AUGGCGGAGAGGAGCGCAACGAGGGCAGUGGCCAGGCCGGCCCUUGGGAGGAGCAAGCCCGCUGCUGCCGCUGUGUCCAUGCCAGCGUUUGUGCCUGGUCCUAGGCCGCCGAACCCAGUACCCGUAGUUCCGGUCGUAGUGCCUGUCCCCAUGCCUGUGCCGGUUGUGCCUGUGCCUACACCGGGCGUGAAGGUCCCUGAGGUUCCUCCCACUGUGCCUCCAGUGGUUGGGGUCAUCGUUCCAACAGCGCUGUAUAAACAAGGCAAUGCUGUUAGUAUUGUGGGUAAGAGCAGCCAGAAGAACCUGAAAGUUUAG